AUGGAGGCGGAUUUGGAGAAUCCUUUCUCUAGACUCUCGUUGGAUCAGAGGGAAUCUCGCAUUGUUGAGCCUGAGAAGAACGCAACCCCAGAUUAUGACCAUGAGAAGGCGUUGGUUGGCAAGCUUCUCACAAACAGAAUUCUAGGACAUAAUACUAUUGUGCAAAAGGUUCGCAAAUUCUGGAAUCUCAAGGGAAACCUCACCACAAGUGCCUUGGGGGACAACACGCUCCUUUUUUGUUUCAGCAACCUAUUGGACAAAAAGGGGGUGUUAGCAGGCGCACCGUGGUUCGUAGAAGAUCACUUGUUGAUUCUGAAGGAAGACACUGCUAAUGUUAUCGCACAAAACCAUCAAUUCACACACUCUCCUCUUUGGGUCCAGCUUCACGGUUUACCCGUCGGCCUUAUGUCAAAGAGUUUUGCGACAACGGCAAGCAACAAUAUAGGUUGGUUUAUGGAGGUCUUUUGCGAUAGUGAGGGGUCUUGCAUAGGACGUUUCCUUCAAAUCAAAGUAAUUAUCGAUGUCCGUCAGCCGCUAAUGAGGGUGACCACUGUUAAUAAUGAUGGCCUUCCUUUGAGGAUCAAACUUCGAUAUGAAAGAAUGUCAGAUUUCUACUAUUUUUGUGGAGUUAUAGUCCAUGAGCACGGCAAGUGUGAUCUCAACUUUGCUUCAAAUACAUCAUCCUCGGGUCCCUUCGAGUUUGGUCCGUUCUUGACAGCAGAUCCCUUUAGGAACCCUUUCCCGGAGAAACGCUCCCAAAGCAGCCGGAAAGAAAGGCCGAUUCCAAGUGUUCCUCCAAAAACAGCUUCCCCAACAUCGAACCAUAACACUGCAAAAACCUUUGCCCUUCAAGGACAACAUCCAAAUCCUCCUUCCCUAAAUCACCUUCAACAAAAUCCUCCCCAAACCCUUGCGUUACACAAAUCAGUCUCAUCAAACCUUCACAUUCUCAGCGGGACGUUGUUUCCACCCGUUGAUCGAAACCUUUACCCGACAGAAACCCGAAUUCAUCACUCACAUCACAGCCAUUCCCUUCUAUCCCAGUUCUGCCUGACAUUUGUCUCCUCUCAAAUCCACUCAGAACUCCUCCAAGCUCUAUACCGCCGUUUUGAGUGUCACAACAACCGAACAUAUUCUCGUGUCACUUCAUCCCUGCUAGCGAAGCCAAAGUCCUCACUGAAGCCUCCUCCAAAGAAACCGCAAAAAACAUAA